AUGGCCACUGUGGCAUCAGGAGGUACAUUACCUAUCAAACUCCACAGCACUCAUAAGCCAAAGCCCCCAUCUCCGUUUCUUGGCAAAAAACUUAACCUCAAACCCUCUUCAAGAACAACCAUAACCGCAAACCCAAAAACACUUGCAGUUGUUGCAUCAUCAGGAGGUGAGUUCUUGGAUGCAGUUCACAAUCUUUUUUUGGGUGUAGGGGUAGGGCUACCAUGUACAGUGAUGGAGUGUGGUGAUAUCAUAUAUAGAAGCACUUUGCCAAAGCCUAGUGGGUUGACACUUACAGCUCCUGGUGCUGCUUUGGCUUUGGGUACUUUGUCUUACCUUUGGGCCACUCCUGGUGUGGCUCCUGGGUUCUUUGACAUGUUUUUUCUUGCUUUUGUUGAGAGAUUGUUUCGGCCCACUUUUAAAAAGUAUGACUUUGUUUUGGGGAAGAAGUUGGGUGAGGGAGCUUUUGGAGUGGUUUAUAGAGCUUCAUUGUCUAAGAAGUCUUCUUUCAAGGUGCCUUAUCAGAAGGAUGGUGACUUGGUAUUGAAAAAGGCUACUGAAUAUGGGGCAGUGGAAAUUUGGAUGAAUGAACGAGUUCGAAGAGCUUGUGCAAACAGUUGUGCUGAUUUUGUGUAUGGAUUUCUUGAGAGUUCUUCGAAGAAAGGAACUGAAUAUUGGCUCAUAUGGCGGUACGAAGGGGAGUCCACACUUUAUGAUUUGAUGCACAGUAAAGAGUUCCCCUACAAUGUAGAGACAAUGAUACUUGGAGAGGUUCAGGAACUGCCUAAGGGGUUGGAGAGAGAAAACAGAAUCAUUCAAACUAUCAUGAGACAAGUUUUAUUUGCGCUGGAUGGUCUUCACUCGACAGGAAUUGUGCAUAGGGAUAUUAAACCGCAGAAUAUUAUUUUCUCUGAAGGGUCUCGUACUUUCAAGAUCAUUGAUCUUGGAGCUGCAGCAGAUUUGCGAGUAGGCAUCAAUUAUAUUCCAAAGGAAUUUCUUUUGGACCCAAGAUAUGCUGCACCUGAGCAAUACAUCAUGAGCACACAAACUCCAUCUGCACCCUCAGCUCCAGUGGCAACUGCACUUUCACCAGUGCUUUGGCAGAUGAACUUGCCAGAUAGGUUUGAUAUUUACAGUGCUGGUCUGAUCUUCCUACAAAUGACUUUUCCUGGACUACGUUCUGAUAAUGGGCUCAUACAGUUCAACCGUCAAUUGAAACGAUGCGAUUAUGACUUAAAUGCAUGGAGGAAAAGUGUAGAGCCACGUGCCAGCUCUGAUCUUCGAAAGGGUUUCGAGUUAUUGGAUUUAGAUGGUGGGAUAGGAUGGGAACUUCUAACUUCAAUGGUUCGAUAUAAAGCAGGACAAAGAAUGAGUGCAAAAGCAGCUUUAGCUCAUCCUUACUUUGCUAGGGAAGGACUAUUAGUUUUGUCCUUCAUGCAGAAUCUCAGGCUGCAAUUAUUUCGAGCAACACAACAGGAUUAUGGAGAAGCUGCCAAGUGGAUUGUUCAGCUAAUGGCAAAAUCUGGGACAGAGAAAGAGGGAGGCUUCACGGAGGCUCAACUUCAAGAACUUAUGGAAAGACAGCAGCCUAAAAAGAAGGCAAGUCCUCAAAGGAACGCUCUUGCAGCAGUUCUUCUGUUGCAAAGGAAGAUUUUAAAAACAUUGAAUGAGAGCAUGGAUGAGCUUAACCAACGAAGGAAGAGCCUAUGGUGGAGCCGGUGGAUCCCAAGAGAGGAGUGA